AUGUUCAUCGUUUCCAUGUACCAGACAGACUGUUUAAGCAGGGCGGAACGCCCCCCUCCCAUCUACACCAGGACCCUCCCAGUUGGGAUGGACUUACAGGACUCUCUCAGUCUCUCGGAGAAGAUUGUUGCCGUCCUUUCGCCAGUGUUUCCGUCCGUCAAUACAGAUCGUAUGUCUAAAGUGAAUUUAUCAACAAUAGGCCGGAUCACGACAUUUUACGAUUUGGAAGUCCAUAAUUUGUCAUCUCGACGCCAGCCAUCAACGAUGAAGGAGUAUUAUAUGUUAUUCCAGCCAACCACAACCUUUGAUGAAAGGAAUAUCAUGCUUAUUACCUUUCAAACCUUCAUCCGGGCUUGCGAACUAGCCAAUCUGACGUACUUCCUGUAUGGUGGAACGUUACUAGGUGCCUAUCGUCAUCACGGCAUCAUCCCCUGGGACGACGACAUCGACGUGAUGAUGAACGCGUCUGAGAAGGAUAAAAUCCAACACGUGCUCUCUCAGUUCCCCAGCUAUGGAGUACACACGCCAUCUCAUCGGCAAUGGAAGUUCUAUAGGAGGGACCUGCCAACAUUAAAACACAAGCCCUACCGGUGGCCUUACAUUGACAUUUUCUUCUAUGUAGAGAAUUCCGAGUACCUUUGGGACGAAAGUCCUCAUUAUAGACAAGAUUUCAAUUUCACAAAAGCGUCGGUGUUCCCUCUGCAGUACCGCCCGUUUGAGAGGGCAAUUUUACCCGUCCCUUGCAACAUGGAAGAAGUGUUAGCAACAAACUAUAUGAUUAAUGUGUGCACGACGUCGAACUAUAUUCAUAAACUGGAAUCGGAUAAACCGUCACAGUUAAAACGGCGCGUCCAUUGUAAACACCUACAUUCCCUUUACCCAUUUGUGUUCAGGACAGCUGACAAAUAUGGCAAUCUGUUUGAGGAGCAACGACAAGGCAAGAAAGUGCUCAGCACCGUGACACUGCCACCGUUCUGCAGGCGAUAA